CUCCACGUUACAACUCGAAGAGCACCUCCAAAGGCUCGGGCCCCUCUGGGGUUGAGCGUAGUGGUAAGGGCUCUGCGUCGCGACCAGUGUCUUCGGCUUCUAGUGGCAGUGAGAGCUAUGUGGUAGAACCUCGCUAUAUGUCUCGCACGCCCCCUGCCAGCUGGCAAGGACACCAAAUUGCUACAGCUGGAACAGCGAAAGGCGCUGCUGGAACGACCAAAGGAGUAUCAGGAGGAGGAACAUACCACCAAGGAAAAGCAUCCUUGCAGACGUUUUCCAAUAAAGCAAGCGGGUCAGGGAGUGGGAAAAGCGGAGCCGGAGGAGGUUCUCAGCAUCUUGUGGGUGGAACGCCAGGAUCGUCAAAGAGGCGAAUAGGAAGUUUCCGUGCCGGCGGAGACUACGCAACGUACAAUGCUGGACCAGUGCAUAGAGACCAACGUCACUACAGCAAUUCUCCAGGAGCUAUUCUCGCGCAAGUGCGGGGCGCAGGUGCGGUGCCCGCGUUCUCCAGCAGCAGAGGCGGAGGCAAAACGUCGCAGAAGGGGACUCCGCAGGUUCAGUUGACACCGACGCCACCUAGCGUGGCGUCAGCACGGGAACACAGCCAGCAGCGCGCUUCCUCAGCAAGUGAGGCCGAGCUGCAGUCGUCGUUGCAUCACGGCACGCAGUUUUCCCAGCAGAGCUCCUCGAAAGAGGCAGAGUUUGCGACCACCUACAGUUCAGCUACGAGUCGCAUGGGCAGCAAAAAGCCGGAUUACUCCACCUACGCCUUUCAGCCUAGUUCUCGGGAACAGCUACAGGGCGGCCAGCAAGUGCAAUAUAGCGGCAGCGCGGCCGAAGCAAAUGCACAGAUGACCAAAGGCGGUGCAGGUGCUUCUACGCGAAGUAACCAAUUAGGAACUUCCAUCGAAAGUUCAGGUGAAGACUCGAAUGAGCAAAUGGGAAAUGUGCGAGGUGGGGACUACUUUACACGCAUAUUCUAUGGGCCUCGCGCCAACUCUCCGCAAUUUACGCGGGGCAGCGCUGGAAGCUCUGGAAAUGCUGCAGAACAUGUCAGAUACCGGCCGCCUGGGGUCGAUUACGCAGACCAGAAUGUUCAUCUUGUCUCUCCGGUACUCGGCACAGCCGCUGGUGCUGGCGGGCCGGGUGUGUCGCAGUCGUCUUCGAAGAAGAGGCGGAAGCAGCGAAAAAGACGCCAAACAGGACUACUCUCAGGUGAAAACACGGAUAACUAUUCCGGUGAAGGAGGCAGACCACGUGGAGUAUCGGGACCUUUGGGUUCAACUGGUGCACACGGCAGUGCGAGCACGAGUGUGCCACCAGACCUUCGGCGUCUUCAUCAGGCCGGAGAAGAGUACCACUUCACGAAAAAAUUGGAGACGGGAAAGAGCCCAGGGCAGCGUUUACUUGACGCCGUGAAAUAUUACACGUAUUGGGACGUCGUUACGGGUAAAGAAUCGGGACAAAAGCUCCUCGUCGCAGAGUCACCAAGAAAAAGUGGCGUCCCGAUCAAUCCGCGGGGUAGAAAGCAUGGCUCAUCGGACAGCCAAAAAGGAGUAUUGAAUAUUCAUCUUCUUGUAGUUCAGCGCCUCGUACACUUCCGUAAAUAUAAUACACUCCAUUUAUUCGUUGAUUCGUCUGCUGCCGCUUCUUUUAGUUCAUGACUCAUUGCCCAGCACUCAUUAUCCAAGGUAAUAAAGUAGCUACCUCUACUUUCCUUAUCAUCUCCAGCCGGGCGGCUCCUCCGGAUCUUCAAAAGCUACGCCAUCUUCCGACGUUAUUUCACAUGAAGAGGGCACUGCUGAAGGCUCUUUCGUUUCGCCUUUCAAUUAUGGAUGCGUGAUGUUCAUUUUUAUUUCUGAUCGUGACCGACCUUGAAGACGCUGAAAAACCUGCUAGCAGUAGCACCACAUCAACGAUCAUUCACGGAUCUCAAAAGACUUUUUCUCAUUUGAAUUUUGAUUAAUAUGGAUUAACUUCGUAAUCGUAAAGAAAAGAUGAUAUAAAGACGAACGGAUUUCGCCUUCUUUUCGAAUAGCUCUAAUUCCGAAUGCUUUCGAAGCAGCUGUUUGACGCAGAUAAGAGCACCCCGGGUUCCACACCAAAUAUACAAUGGGGCGUUGGACGCCCUCUCGAAACCAGCAUGGAGAUUGUAGCUGGUGGUGCUGAUCCUGCGAAAGUAGGCGGUGCGCCGUCGAGUGCACCCUCGGCAACUGUGCACAUUCUCGCUCCUCCAUCACAGGGACACAAUCUUGACGUUGCUGCAUUAGAAACUGCUGGCGAGGGGCAAGGGGAUGCCCAUUUUCACCCUUCGAGGUCUUCGGACAGGCUGACUUCUAGUCGACCAGCGCCGACAACACUAUCCUCAAACAGCCAGCUGCAGCCAAUCUCAUCAAGUGGAGGAGGGGUCACAAGUACGACGGCAGGAGGCACGAGCACAAGUAGUGUCCCCGGCAGUCAGCGAACGAACAUGCUGAUGCUGAAACCAGCAACAGUUAUGUGCAUAAUUUCGUCUACAUUUCAUCUGUGAGUCCGGAAAAAAAAGUGAAAUGUCAGCACCACCAUAAAUCAUUGGGAAAAGUGCUGAUUUCAAUUUCAAGUAAAAAUGAUCGUUGAAGUAUUUUAGGCUGAGCUUUCCUUUUAUUAGCUCUAAACUACGAGCGUCCCCAACCACCAGCGAAGAAGACAUCCUGCACGAAGCAGAGCGCAGUGGGGUGCGAAUCAACAUCGGCCGUGAGAGUGACCUUCACGCCGCUGUCGAGGCACCACUUUCUGUCGAGAGCUUACCGGACAAUUAUUCAUUAUGAGGUGUGAUGUGAUUCAGAUCUUAAUAUUAGUUUUUGGUGCAACUUCAUCAUCGCAAAAGAGUAAUUGCGUCUGAGUAGUACAAGUAGAACACGAGGACAAGGACAUGAAAUACCAUGUCAAAGCUUAGUUCUUGCCAGCAGACUACUAUCUUUUUAGUUGUGCCACACGACCUUGCUGAUGCUGCUCCCCUUCCUAUUGCUUCAUUAUCUGUCCACGUGUUCGAGUCGAAGCCUCGAAGUGGGCACAAUACAACAGCAGAAAAUUGCUUGGAGCGAGUCAAUCACGCUGUACGCGACGCUGUCGGUGUCAGAGAUGGUAAGUACUUAUAUUUGGGAUAAGCACUUGGACAAUACCUUAACCUGCUUUCCCCUCUUUCUAUUGACACCCUCAAAACAGGCCGACUAAUGGCACUCAAUAUGAAUGAUCAACUAUCCAGUCUAUCUCUUCGUCGAUCUUUAGGGAAAGGAGCGUUAGCUACCUUAGGCUCAAGCGCGUCUGGUAAUAGCGAUAGCUUUCUCUUGAUUGGUGAAGAUUGCGUCCUUUAUGAUGGCUGGCCAGGUUUGGCAAUAAACUACUGUAGAACCGGUGCCCGUGACACUCAUUUUGGCCGAUACAUGAAACGACCACAAGCAAAAACUCAAUGCAGGCGACGUUGGCGGAACGCAACCGCAGAUGAUUGACGGGUUAAAGCAACGGGCUUACGCAACGGCCGGUGCGUUUCAAGAUGCGACACGGCCUGUAGUGAAUGGUUUUAUGCAGCAUGUGCAAGAAAACUUUACUCGUGAAAGUGUGGCCCGCCUGGGACGCCGGACAUACAAAAUGGGCGAAAAGGGGUAUUUUUGUUGGCCUGUUUGUUGCAUGACUACUAAGCGACCUCUUCAAGAAGGGGAAGCCGAAGCUAAUACGACCAUUGUCGACAGGUAAUGCUCGUAGGUCAUAGCUAUACACUCAUGCCCUGAUGUUCCUCGUGCUAUUUAGGGGCAAGAACAAUAUCCACUUAUCAGCAUUCCAAUCUCCCCAUUUUUCCUUGAAGAAAAGGUAUCGUUCUACCAAAGACUUUGUGCGGGAUACUGAUUUUAAGUCGCGCGGACGAGACUGCUACGACAAUAGCAAGCGAUCUUGCUGUUACGAGUUGCCCUCGUUCUUAUCCCGGACAGCAAACUCUUUCACAACGCGCGCACAAACGGCUUGGUAG